CGGCACAAACAGCUGCGGCAGCCGCUGAAUUUUGCCCUGGUCAACCUCGCCGUGGCCGACCUGGGCAUCACGUUAACAGGAAGUGUGCCAUCUGUGGUGACCAAUGCAGUGGGCUACUACAUUACGGGACGGGUCGGAUGUGUACUGGAGGGAUUUUGUGUUGCAUUAUUUGGUAUAACAGCGCUGUGCACAGUGGCCCUGAUUGCUGUGGAACGGCUGUUCGUAGUGUGCAAGCCUCUGGGUACCAUCACAUUACAGACCAAGCACGCCGCAGGAGGGUUGGCGUUCUCCUGGCUCUGGUCUCUGAUCUGGAAUACUCCGCCUCUCUUUGGCUGGGGGAGCUACCAGCUGGAGGGAGUCGGCACAUCCUGCGGACCCGACUGGCAGAGUCGAGAUCUCAAAAAUGUGUCUUACAUCAUCUGUUACUUCUCACUCUGUUUUGCUGUGCCAUUCGUCAUUAUUGUGGUGUCAUAUUCAUGGCUGCUCUACACGCUAAGACAAGUUGCUAAGGUUGGUGGCUGUGCAGCUGCGAGGGCAGAGUCUAAGGUGGCGUGGAUGGUGGUGAUGAUGGUGUUGGCGUUCCUCGUGAGCUGGCUGCCGUAUGCUGCUCUGGCUCUGAUGGUCGUCUUCAACCCUGAUGUCCAGUUACCCGUGCUGGUGAAGGUGGUACCCAUAUACAUGGCCAAGAGCAGCACUGUUUACAACCCCCUGAUCUACAUAUACAUGAACAAACAGUUCCAGAAGUUUGCAAUACUACUUCUGAUGUGUGGAAGGGACCCCUGGCCGUCAGAGGACGAUGUAUCUGAUGUUCAGACUGUUGUAUUACCAUUGAACAACAAAAUCAGCCCAGACUGA